AUGCUGAGGAAGGCUGGGGUCGAUGGAGACCCUAACCGUGCACGCAACGAACGCAAGCUGGAAAUUGCGUACCUAAAAGAAAAGGUGGGGCAGCUAGAGAAGGAGUUGCAGACACUACAGGACCGACCACCGCACACGAAUUCAGAGAGCCAAGAGUCUGAGACCGGCACUACUUGUACUGAGGUGCAAGUUUCUAGUAUUUGGGAGGGGUUUGCAGCUCGUCAGCGAAGUCGAAGAGAGAAGGCUGAACGCGAAAAUGUUCGCCUAAAACUCGUUUUGGAAGGUCAGAUUAAAGUGGCCAAGAGUUUGCAGAACUUACUAUUGAAGCGGGCCCAGCAACAGAUUGCUGCGUGCGCUCCAUCAUUUCAAAAGCCAGGUGAUAUUUGUCCGCCUGGCCGAACACUAGAUUAUCGUGCAGAUGCAGCAGACUUUCACGAACUUCUGGAGUACCUGGACGCAGCAUAUCGUGAGGUGGAUGCAGUGCUCGCAGCAAAUGGCUUGGCUGCGAUGGAGAUAACACAGCAAGAUCUACAUACGCGCGAAGGUGUGAAUGGUAUGUAUCUGGAGGUGUUUUCGAACAAGGUCAUGCCCUUCGGGCUUCAUGCAACUGCUGAAGCGACUUGGAACUACUUCAAGGGCUCUGAGAAGCACCGAGGGAAUUUAUAUGCCAAAGCAACGCAGGAAAUUCGAGCACGGACGUCCGCGUCAAACAGAUUACGGCGAUACGUCGAAGCUGACCGCGAAGUUGUGGUAUGGGUUGCGACAAUCGCCCCUAUUGAGAUCAAGCGCAAGGCCUUCGCUGUACUGAGUUCUCACCACCGUAAUUACGCUGUCAUCAAGCGUGCCAACGCUUCUACACCCAAGCACGAGCUGUCACUUUUGCAGCUUGUCGCACACGUGACGCUAGAUACUGAGGAGGGGACCAUCUACGACCCGAUGUACAUCAGAGCGCUUACCGAUUUUCUGCUGAGCAACGCGGCCGGAAAUAUCAAGGCUGACCAGGAGCUCAUCGAAAAUGUUCUUAUGGACCAAACGCUGGAUCAGCACUGA